UUAAGUUUCGGUAAUGACAUGAUACUUUCUCUCAUUACAGAACACAUCAAUAGAGUGAAGAAACAGAUAGAAAUACUGAAUGAUCAAAUUAAAAAGGCAGAAUUAUUUAUCGAACAAAUCAAACAAAAAAACCCUGAAUCUGUGCAAAACUUUAUAGAAGAAAUUGAAACUUUACAAGAUUGUAUAAAACUGAAGAAAAGUGAAAUAUCGAAUUUCAGUGAUCAGCUACAGCAUUAUGAAACAUGGCUCUCACAAGUGGAGAACGCGCUGCCUUAUGGAGAAAACGACAAAGAGAGGACCCAGCAAAACACGUAGCAUACAAAGAAAAAGAAAAACAAAGGUACCAAAAGAGAAAAGAAUCAGGUCAAAUAAAGUCUAUUUCUAAAUUGAGUGUCAGAGACCAAAGAAAAAGAAGGAGGAACUGGAAAUAUAACCAAAGAUCUAAACGUAAAAAAGAUAAAGAACUAAUGAAGGGUUUACAGGCACAAUUGUCUCCACCAUCUUCACCAGAUCCGUAUAGUUCAACUUCAAGUAACCAAUUAAGUGAGUCAAACAGAUUAAGAGGCAGAAAAAAGAAGAAUUUAAAUCGAUCAAAAGCUUACAGAGAUCAGUUCAAAUUAAGAAUUGAGCUAAAUAAAGAAAGAAGACUAAAGAAUAAAUACAAAUCAAGGUAUUAUCGAAUGAGAAGAAAGAAAGAUGAAUCUGACAGUGAAAUAAACAAUGAAGUACAGAAAAUUAUGAAAAAGAAAGCACAAACGAAAACACAUUUGACACACUAUUGUCUGUUGUUGAGAAACAUAAGAAAACGAUACAAGAAAGGAGAAACUGCCGAGAAACAACUGAUUAAAAAUUUACUGUACAGAGAAGCAAUACUUAGAAAAUACAAAAUCAGCAUGCAUUAUGCCAAACAGAAGACGGGAAUAAACGAAAUCCGUAUCAGAAAGUCACGCACUAUUUCUAUGACAAAACAAACCAUAUUGAAGUCUAGUAUAGAUGAUUUCUUUGAAAGAGACGAUAACUCUAGAAUUAAAGGAGGCAAAAAAUACACCAUUACACGAAGAAAGAUAAAGAAACAAAUAAGGCUAUUAAAUGACAGUAUUAAACAUCUACACGAAAAAUUUCUUUUUGAAACGGGCAAACGGAUAAGCUAUAGUCUUUUCGCACGAAUGAAACCUUUUUGGGUUAUAAGAGCAUCUGAGAAGGAUAGAGAAACAUGCCUUUGUAAAACUCACGAAAACCCAACUAUGAAAGUCAAUAAAUUAUAUGAUGAAAAGGUAUUAGAAACAAAAGACCUACGCCAACUUAUUUCAUGUAUUACAUGUGAUACAAAGAACAAAUAUUGUAUGUAUAGACAAUGCAAUCAGUGUAAGCUUAAAGAAAUUAACACAAAACCAGAAACAGAAAACCUAAAUUAUGGAAAAAUAGUUGAAUGGAGGGAAUGGAAAUCUGAUGUGAUCGAGAAAGAAAAAAUAUCUGAAAAUGGUGAAAUUAUCAAAACCAAACAUAACGUAACAAUCAAGAAAACUGAAACAGGCACAAUAACGACACUUGUUAAUGAACUUCAACAAGAUAUAACGAGAUUAGCAAGACAUGAAUUCAACAUAUCUCAUCAAUACUUGCAGUUGAAGCACUUGAAAGAUUCAUGCAAAACAAAUGAAUUAAUAUUGCAUAUAGACUUUUCGGAAAAUUACCUUUGUAAAUACAAGAGUGAACUACAAAGUGUGCACUUUGGGUUCUCCAAGAGACAAAUUUCCAUACAUACCGUGAUGGCUUAUACUAACCAGAAGUCAAAAGCAUUUGCUACAAUAUCAGACAAUUCUUCCCAUAAAGUAGUAGGAAUCUGGGCCCACCUUGAACCAGUUAUAAAGCAAAUGAAACGACUAAACCCUGGUUUAAACAUAUUACAUUUUAUAUCUGAUGGGCCAACAAGCCAGUACAGGAGUAAGUCCAAUUUCUACAUGUUUUCCACGAAACUCUUUGACCUCGGAUUUUCUGCUGGAACAUGGAACUUUAUGGAAGCAAGCCAUGGAAAGGGGGCCCCCGAUGGCAUCGGUGCUGUCAUCAAAAGAACAGCAGAUACUGUUGUGAACACUAAAGGUCAAGAUAUCACUAAAACAGCAGAUUUGAUUGAAGGAAUUCGUAAAUACGGCACUUCUAUAGAACUGAUUGAGAUUUCUGAUAACGACUUUCGUGAAGUGGAAAAGACUAUACCGGCUAAUGAUGAUGUUCCGUCUGUUAAAGAGACAAUGAAGCUACAUCAGAUUGUUGUUAAGCAGAAAGGAGUUGUGUCAUCUCGAGUUUUGAGUUGUUUCUGUUCAGAGAAUUGCGAAUGUUUUAAUAUGAAAUCUACGACACUUCUGUCACAGGGGACACCAAAUUCAUCUGCUGAAGUGGAAUGUGCUAGCACCACUGUGUCUGUACGAACGAAUAUUUCGAGCUCAGUGCUUCAGAAAAUUCUUAAUGUUGAAGAAUCAUUGAUUGGACUGUACUGUGUAGUAGAAUAUGAGAACAUGCCAUAUCCAGGAUUGAUUCUUGACGUUGAUGAAAAUGAUUUAGAGGUUAAAGUGAUGCACAGAAUUGGUGUAAAUAGAUUUUUUUGGCCGUUAUUGGAGGACAGGAUAUGGUACCAUAAACAGAAAGUGGUAACUUUACUCAAGGAAGAACCACAGAAGGUCACAAACAGGCACCGUGAACUUCCGUCAAUAAUUUGGAAGUGCAUCGUGUCAGAAAUGAAUUUAGAUUCUUAAGACUGACCUAUAUAAAUUCUGAGUGUUUUUUCUCUCGUUGUUUGAUUAUCAAACCAGAGACUCAGUAAAUAUUAUCAAAUAUGGCCGCAUAUAUGAUACUAUUACACAUUUGGUAAUUAAAUUAUAAUUAAUGUGUGUUAGCUCUAUAUGUUACAAAAUUUUGAAUGUUUAUCUACAGUUUUACUACAACUAAGUUUUUUCAUGUUUAACAGUUUGAGUAUGACCAAUUAAAGUUAUAAUAUUGUAUUUUCAUGUUCUAUCGGCAAUAAAGUUUUUGUUAGUUACUAUUGUGUUACGUAAAUAAGCAUUCAACACAGAUGUAGAUUUCAAUUGUCAUCACCAUAACGCAGGCGUCACUUCCACAACGCUGUGUCAUUACCAUAACCUCACUUGUUUUUAAUUUUAUUUUUACCCUUUUAAGAAAUAUCGAAGACAAUUUUAAGCAUUUCUCAUUUAUUUCAUUUAUACAUUUAUUAUACAACAAAAAUUUUUAACAUUUGUAUCCCUAUUAAGGUGAAAAAUAUAUUCUAAUGUUGGUAUUUUUUUACUUUUAUGGAGGUUCCUGAUUUGUCAAAUGAUACGAGUUUUUCUGAACAU